AUGUCAGAGGCGACGCCGGCUUCAAAGCUGGCACAUGCUGGGUCGUCGACCAACGCUUGCUUCACACCAGCCAGCGUCUUCGACUGGCUCUUUAGCAGCCCCUUUGCGACAGAGAGCAGCUUCACUCCGGCGCAGAACCGCAUACCCAACGUCGAGGACGAGCGCCCUGUCUUCAUCGACGAAGCAACUGUUGGCCUGCAGAACCUCCAUCAACUCGAUCCAGACAAUGUCCACGCCCUACCUCCCACACCAAGACGCGCUGCUCCCCAGGUCGCGCCCAUUGUCCUGGUGCAGUUGCCCAAUUGCUUGCCCUUUGCCACCAUCGUCCUGGGCGCGCUCGCCGCAGGCCUCACCACCACGCUGGUCUCCCCAUCGCUGACGGACAAGGAGCUGGCAUGGGUCCUGCAAAGCUCUCGACCGCACAUCAUUGUCACCGCUACAGGCUGCGUGCCGGCCAUGCAGCAUGCACUUGACCAGCAGCAAGACCAGUCCUUCGCGCGCAGUGUGCCCGUGUACACCGUCAAUGUGGGCCAGGACCCUUAUCCCGCGCUGCCACCGCAACCCUCGCCGCAGGACUGGACGAGGUUACUGGCCAAGUCCCAGGCGGCCAUCAAGCAGCCGCGCCAGUUUGACGCGGCCGCACGGGCUGCCAUCAUCCUCUGGUCGUCUGGCACGUCCGGUCGCUCCAAGGGCGUCAUGCUGUCGCACCACGCACUCACCUUCUCCACCGCGUCGAUCUGGCACGACGCCGACUUUUACCGGGCACAGCGUGAGCGAUGGCUCGGCUUCGUGCCUUUUUUCCACGUCUAUGGUCUGUUGAACCUGUUCUUGGUCGCCAUCCCGACCGGCUCGACCGUGUACACCAUGGCUUCCUUCAACCCAGACCAGAUGCUAGCCGCCAUCCCCAAGCGCCAAAUCACCUACCUGCACAUGGCACCCCCGAUCGCCGUCUUUCUGGCCAAAUCACCCAUGGUCGAGCCAUACGCAAAGCGCGAUGCGGAGGGCAGGAACAAAUUCUCGAGUCUCGUGGCCGGCGUGACGGGCGGUGCCCCGCUGGGCCAUGAUGUCGUCGCCCAAGUCCACGCGCGCCUUGGCUUCCGCAUCCGUCUGGGCUACGGACUGACGGAAGCCGGCGGCGUCACCGUACAGCCUGGUCUUUCACAUGUAGACAAGGGCGACGACACGGGCCGACCGCACUGGGGCGUGGAGCUGAAGAUUGCUCGUCCCGAGGAGAGCGAGCAGGUCAUGCCGAUGGACGAGCCUGGCGAGAUCUUGAUCAGGUCCCCGGGAUUGAUGAUGGGGUAUCUACCUCUGAACGCGUUCGCGGGAGGACACAAGUUUGACACGUCCGCAACGACAGCGGCCAUCACGCAUGACGGGUGGUUCCGCACAGGCGACAUUGGUUCGCUGGACGCCACUGGCACGCUCAGGAUCAGUGACAGGAUCAAAGAACUCAUCAAAGUGCGAGCGUUUCAGGUUCCGCCCGCUGAGCUCGAGGCGAUCCUCUGCAGCAGCGACGAGGUGGCUGAUGCCGGCGUGGUCGCGACCUACGAUGCUAGCGAAGCGACAGAGUGGCCGCGUGCCUUUGUCGUCGCAGCGAGCCAAGGCAUUGUCAGUGAAGAUGGCUUGACAGCUCUCGCGCACCGGUUGCGGCUGCUCGUGGAGCGGCAGACGUCCAAAUACAAGUGGCUCAGGGGCGGGCUGGUGUUUGUCGACAAGAUACCGAAAUCACCCAGUGGCAAGAUUCUGAGGCGUGUGAUGAAGGACGGCGGGAUCAAGGGGGUGGAAGUAUCACUCUAUGAGAAGAAGACACGCUCGUCAAAACUGUAA